GUCACAGACAGAGUAAAGCUGUUUCAGGUAUAUUAGAUUUGCUUGGGAUAUAUUUGAAUCCCCUGCACAGAAACGUAAGGACAAAGGGGAGUUUCACAAAUGAUCUGUAUACUUCUGGUAGCCGGCCACGGCACUGUCUUAGAGACACAAAUUAAGAAUGACGACACAGGCUUAUACAGCCACCUGACCGGGGUACCAAAGGCUUUGCUUCCUGGCAUCGGAGGAAAGAAGAUCCUUGACUUUUGGUGGGAAACGGUCAACAUGCGACAGUUGUUCACUGAAGUCUAUCUGGUCACUAAUGCAGACAAGUAUAAGUACUAUGAGCGCUGGGCCACGGCUAAUGACUUCCCGGUGGAAAAUAUUGUAAAUGACGGCAGCACUACGUUGGAGGACCGUCUGGGGGCCGUGGCUGACCUGGAGCUGGCCAUACGGAGCCGCAAGCUGCAGGACGACAUCAUGGUGAUUGCAGGAGACAUGCUGUGUGCAGACCAGAACUUUGACAUUGCUCAAGUUAUCCGCUUCUUCAGGUCGGAGCCUGGAGAGCUGAUCAUAUACUACGAGCUGGAGGAAAGUGAGAAAAGCAGCUCCAGAGGCAUCGUGGAGGUUUGCCCUGACACCCACAGGAUAACUCGCUUCUUAGAGAAACCCCAGGAGGGAGUGACCACAUCCCGACUGGCCAGCGUUGUGUUUUACUGCAUCCAGAAGAACACACUGUCCUACCUGUCUGACUUCCUCAGCCUCAAGCCUCAAGCCACAGACAGGUCCUUCGGACGGUUCUGGGAGUGGCUCAUUAAUGAGAAACAACUGGAGGUGUUUGGGAUGAAGCUUCCUACUGGCUUCCAGCUCAUUGGACAAGUGGGCCUGUCAGACUACACCAAGUGGCUCACUCACUACUCCACCAAGCAACAAGACAAUCCUGCUAAACCAAUCACAUGCAGAUCAUUUGCCAGGGUUGGAUUAAUGGGGAAUCCCUCUGACGGUUUUAACGGAAAAACCAUUGCUAUGUCCAUCUCUAACUUCUGGGCAGAGGUCACUCUAGUGGAGAGCCAGACCUUGGUUUUACUCCCUCAUCCACUCAAUGACCCCACAGAAUUUGGAAGCUUGCAAGAUCUUUUCUGUAUCAGCAGGAAGGAAGGGUACCUAGGAGGUCUGCGGCUGUUGCAGGCCACAUGCAAGAAGUUCUACCAGUUCUGCUCCAAACAAGGUAUUGCUCUAACAAAGCAGAACUUCACACUGAAGUAUGACACUAAUAUUCCUCGGCAAGUGGGCCUUGCUGGAAGCAGUGCCAUCGUCUCGGCUACUCUGAAGUGUCUCAUGAGGUUCUACAACAUCACAGACAAUGAUCUUCCAAAGCCGAUCCGAGCCAACUUUAUCCUCAACGUGGAGACGGAUGAACUUUUCAUCACAGCUGGCCUGCAGGACAGAGUCGUUCAGGUCUAUGAAGGGUUAGUCUACAUGGAUUUCAGCAAGCAGCUCAUGGAGGAGCAGGGCUACGGGAACUAUGUUUCUAUGGACAUGAGUUGUCUCCCACCGUUCUGGCUGGCAUACCUGAGCGACCCCAGUGACUCUGGACGCAUCCACAGCAACAUCAGACAGCGCUGGCUCAGCGGGGAGCCUCUGGUCGUCGAGGCCAUGAAGACUUUUGCUGAGCUCACUGAUCAAGCAAGGAUGGCUCUUCAGGACAGAGACUGGAGGCGUCUGGCACAACUGAUGGACCAGAACUUUGAGCUAAGGAGGAGCGUCUACACUGAUGACUGUCUGGGUCCUGGGAAUAUGAAGAUGGUUCAGCUGGCGAGGCAGUUUGGCUCAGCAGUGAAGCUACCAGGCAGCGGGGGGGCCGUGGUGGGUCUGUGUGUGGAUGAACACCGACUGGUGGAGAUGAGACAAGCUUUCCAGGAGGCUGGCUGUGUCUUCUGUGUCAUCGCACCAUACAACCCAUCUGCCAGCACCGCCGGCGGCCAACACUAACCUCCCCUCACAUCUCCCCACGACUCAGUCAGGCCACUCGAGGCCAAGUCAGGGCCACGGGUCGGAUACGGCACAGCGUGGCCCUCAAUGAGCCCCAAUGGCAUUAUCUCAUAGGACUUAUUAUGCCAAUGGACAGCAGAGAUCAUGAUCAGGUACAUGAAAUUAGAGGAAAGACAUGAAUAAAAAAAUAAUCAGGGUUACUAUUAUUUACCAGGUUAUUAAUCAUUCAUCAAAUUCGUUUAUCUGCAUGUGUAUGUUUUAUUUUAAUAAUUUAAGAUGCAGCGAGUUAACGGCCAUGAGUCCAUUUUUAUCAAUGACAACAAUGUAAAAAAAAGUUAUGUAAUUAUUUUUCUACACAAUACAUUAGUUUUAUAGACUCUAUAAACAUCUUUGUAUAAUAAAUGUAAUUUUUGUACACAAAUUAAAAGCAAAUGUUAAUAGCUCCUAGUGUUCUGUCAUGUAUUAUGUGUGGCUUGUAAGUUAUAGUCAUUUAUCGCUCAAAGAAUUAUUUAACCUGUCCCUACGGUUUAACUCGUAUGACACAUAGUUGAUAUAAUACGUCAAGUUUAACAAUUAGAAGCGCUGACCAGCAGUGAUUUAGUUUUCACGAGUGGAAAUUAUAUUUCGAGAUGUCAAAAUAUGAUUUAAGUUCACUUUAAGAUAUCUCAUGUUACAAUUACAUUUUCAAAUUUAGAACUAAAACUUUUUUGACCAGUCAGAACUGAUAAGAUAUUUUAGUUAAAGAUAACACGAGGAAAAAGGAAUUAUAGAUAACUGUAACUGAGUUUGAAUAGAAGUCAACGGUGAAAGUUGUCCAGUUCUAGGCUGAUUAAGGUACA